AUGACGAGUUACUAUGGAGGCCUGGGGCCGAUGCUCAAUGCAAUACUAUGGGUUCAAGUCGUCAUCUUUGCAAUCUUCGUUGGAUUGAGGCUAUACACGAGAUCUCAGAUUCUACACUCUGUAGGCGCAGAUGAUUAUCUCGUCAUCAUCGCACUGGUCUUCCAGAUCAUCUACUCCGCCUUCGUGACAGCCGGUACUAAAUACGGUCUCGGGCGCAAAUUCGCAGACAUUGGCAACCCCGAUGCAUACUUCCGAGCCGUCGAGCUGGAGAUAUACAGCCAAGUAGCCGGGCUAAUGGUAAUCGGUCUUGGAAAGUGCGCCGUUGGCAUUUUUCUUCUACGUAUCGUACGGAACAAAUUCCAGAAAGCGUUUAUAUGGGCGUUUCUGGCGGGAACGGUGUUUAUCACUCUGUUUUCUAGUAUCGUUGUCGUUGUGCAGUGUGAUCCUGUCCAGAGGACUUGGGAUCGACGGGUGCCGGGGACGUGCUGGAUUGACUUUUCCAAGGUUGGCUUGACCGUGGGAUCUUGGUUCGUCGUUGCGGACUUUUGCUUCGCGAUUCUUCCGUGGUUUGUCAUUUGGGAGCUUAACAUGAAGCGCAAAGAGAAGAUCACUGUCGCGUGCGGCCUAAGUCUCGGUAUUUUUGCUGGUAUCUGCGGUAUUGUUCGUACAGUCGCUCUCAAUGGACUGAACGCCAGUGAAUACAUCUACGACACAGUCGACAUGCUCAUCUGGUCCGCGACCGAAAGCACUGUAACAAUAAUGUGCUCCUCCAUCCCCGUCCUCCGCCCUCUCUACGUACGCUUCAGAUACGGCAGCCAAGGCGACAGCUCCGGCACCGCGAGUUCCUACAAGCUCCCCAUGUACGGCAAUCACAGCGGUCGGAAAUACGGCAACGGCUCAGUGCCUGGUACAGAAACAAUUGGAGGUAGCGGACCAUCAAACAGAACAGUCAUUGCGUAUAAUGCAAAUGCCAGCGAUGAAAGUAUACUUCGCGAUACAAAGACUCAGAAUGAUAUCAGUGGGAUUAGAAGGACGGAUGAAGUGUCGAUAAGCUAUGGAAAACAGGAUGCUAGAGACAGGGUUAGGGAGUGGAAAUAA